AUGUCAAGGAUGGAUCUUCAUGAUGUUGGCUUGGUAGGGCCAAAAUUUACAUGGUGCAAUAAUAAAAUAGGGAAUGCUCUUAUUCUGGAAAGGCUUGAUAGAUAUCUCUUGAACUCUAAAGCCUUGAAUGAGGUACACAAUGCUGCGGUUAGACAUUUGGAAAGGAUUGCAUCUGAUCAUUGCCCUUUGAUUCUCAGAAUUUUCAAUGAAAAAUUACAUCAAAGAAGAUUUCUUCGAUAUGAAGAGGUUUGGGCUUCAUUCCUGGCUUCUAAAGAAAUUGUUCUAAAGAAUUGGAGCAAAACGAUUAAAGGUGAUGCAAUGAAUGUUAUUAAUGUUAAGUGCAAAAGGGUUUUGAGAGCCCUACAUUACUGGAGCAAAGCAAAGCUUAAGAAUUACAUGGAACUUAAAGAAUCAUUGAAGAAGGAGAUCUCAAAUCUUCAGCUUGAAGAAUCGAAUGGCCAAGGACUAUCCAGUGAAAAGCUGAUGUUGUUAAGAUCCAAAACUCAUGAAUUCAAUGUGAUAAUGGCAAGAGUAAACACAUGGUGGAGACAAAGAGCUAAGGUGAGGAGGAUUCAGGAGAAUUACAUGAAUUCAAAAUUUUUUCACUCCUUUGCUAAUGGAAGAAGAAUGGAUAAUGCAAUUCGCCAACUGAGAAAUGUGGAUGGGGUAUUGGUAGAGGAGCAAGCUGAAAUUGAAGAAGUUAUGAUGAAUUUCUUCAAGGAAAAAUGGAAGAAAAGAAACUGCUGCUUGGAUGCAUGA